GGCCUGCAGCAUAGCAGCGGCGAGGGCCUCCCGUUGCGCUGACAGCGCACAGUCCGCCUUGCUACGUCGCUACUCGCUGGGCUUAGUAUUGGAACCACCUCCAGACUGACGCGGGGCCGGGGCGGCGUCCAGCCGACAGCUGUAGGGAUGACCCAAAAGGCCAGAAGGCCAGCUGUACAAUUGGAGCGGCAGGGCCCUGGGCAGGGUCCGGGGAUCCCGGGCAGAAGCGACAUGAAAGGGUGCGGCAGACGCUAAGCUUCGGAGUUGAACUUGUGAAGGCCCUGCGAAUGGGCCGCACGCUCUCUGGACGACCCAGACAGAGCGACACAAGCUCAUCUGGCGAAGAAUCAGAAGGAGAUGGAGGCCAACAGCACGCUCUGUUCCAUGCGCUGGCCCAGGGACGGGGUAUGGAGUCUCUCGACGCGCCCUCGGAAUCGGUGGACUAUCGCCAAGCGCAACGGGCUCGGUUACAGCAAUUAAACAACGAUGAAGUUGCUGCUCGGGUCGCUGCUCGCGUCAAGAAGGACGCAGUUUUCGGACAAGGCGAGCACGCAGCCUUCGGUGCAGGGCACCGGCGGAGCAGCGACACUGGCGCGGGGUUUAGCCCCCGGGAAGGGGGGGCGCCGGGCCUCAUGCCCAGCGCAAGCGGGCGCCACCCGCCGACCAUCAUGCCCAGCGCAAGUGGGAGACACCCGCCGGCCCUGUUGCCCAGCGCUAGUGGGAGGCCUGCACCGGGCCUGGUGCCAAGCGCCAGUGGGAGGCAUCAGCCCAGGCUCGUGCCCAGCGCCAGCGGCAGGCACCCAGCGGCAGGCGACAACGCCGGGCACGCGGGCUUGACUGCGCCCGAGCCGGCCGUAACGCUGACCCCUGUAGCUGAGGAGCAGCCGCAACCGGCGGCUGUGGGCGGCACAGGGCUGGGGACCGGCGCCGCAACGCGGCCUGACAGCCCGCUAGAGAUGCAGCUGCAGGCCCUGCUGCAACAGCAACAACAACGGCCGGCGAGCGGCGCGCAGGGCGCCGCCGACGGCUUGGACAGGAAAGGCGCGGACUACGGCGCAGCCGCCGCUGCCGCGGCGGUCGGAGCUGCAGCUGCGAAGCCGCCGUCGGCGGCGCAGGUGCCGUUGGUGCCGCUGAUGCUGGCGACGGUGCCUCUGGAGGACAAGGCAGCGGGCGCGGGUGGUGGCGGGGGCGGCGACCGGCCGGGAUCUCGGCCGGGCGGGCCGCGGCGGCCGGACACAGCCAAUAGCCUGGCCACGUCGCUGGCGCAUGAGGGCACUUACGACAUUGAUGAGCAGGAGAUGGCUCAUUACAGCUGGCUGCGGCGCACGGCGGCUCGCAUCUGCGCGCACCCCGACUUUGAGAUGGUGGUGGUGUUGCUCAUCUUCGGCAACAUGAUCACUCUGGCGCUGUACCGGCCCACGGAGGACGACAGCUCCCACUGGAACCACGCGCUGUUCUGGGCGGAGGCGGCCUUCAACUUUCUGUUCAGCGCGGAGAUGGCGCUGCGCAUGGCGGCGCUGGGCGGCGUGUUCGCCUACCUGCGCCACCCCUGGAACGUGUUCGACUGCAGCAUGGUGGUGGCGGGCUACGUGGCCUUCAUCCCCACAGGCAGCAGCGAGGGCAGCAGCGGCGUGCGCGCGCUGCGGGCGCUGCGCGCGCUGCGGCCGCUGCGCACGGUCACACGGUUCGAGAGCCUGCGCGCCAUCGUGGUGUGCUUCCUGGAGGCCGUGCCACUGCUGGGCAGCGCCGUGGGCCUGAUGCUGCUGUUCAUGUUCGUGUUCGCGGUGGCUGGCACCAACCUGUACGCCAACGUGUACCACCAGAAGUGCUACGACGACUUGACGGGCCUGCCGGAGGAGAGCCCGCAGGACCCCGACAUGCUGGGCUGCGGCAACUGGCGCACCUGCCCCAGCAACUUCACAUGCGAGAUCACUGCCGCCAGCGACGCGAUCAACAUCGCGGGCUUCAGCAACGUCGGCUUCUCCAUGCUGUCCGUCUUCCAGUGCAUCACCGUCACCGGCUGGAGCUUUGCCUUCUACCGCACCACCGAUAACACCAGCCCCGUGGCUGCGAUCUACUACGUGCUGCUCGUCAGCAUUGGGGCCUACGUGCUGGUGAACCUGUUCCUGGCUGUGCUCAAGAUCAAGUUCGCCAAGGCCCAGACGGCCUUCCGAGCGCGCAACGCGGGCCGCACCAAGGGCCGGCGCAACAGCGUGAUGACGCUGUUCGCGGCCGCCAAAUCCAAAUUCACAGAGUACAGCAACAAGCGCUCGCAGGCGCACUCGCUCAACACCUCGAUCGCCAACCUCAUCAGCAGCCGCAUGUCGCAGUUCAGCAGCGUCAGCCGGGCCAUGUCGGGGCCCGCAGCAGACGCCGCCGCCGCCGUGACGGCGGUGGACGCGCUCAUGGCAACCGAUGGCGCCGCCGCCGCUGCCGCCGCCGGCAGCAAUCCACAGCAGCCGCUGCUCCUGAUGUCUAGCAGCGAUGCCGCGGCGGGGGCGAAAGGGGAGGCGGCGACGGCGGCAACGGCGGCGGGGGCAACGCCGUCGCUGCAUCUGCCAGGCGCCGUGCCGCCGAGCGCGACGUCGGGCCCCGGCUCGGCUGCCAACAGCGCCCGGUCCUCCCUCAACGGCAGCCCACGGCUGCCGCCCAAAGGCACGGCCAUGGGCGCGGAUGCAGGUAUGGGAGGCGGCGGCGGCGGCGGUGGCGGCCGGCCAUCGGCGGACGGUGCCCUGCCGCCCGGGGUGCCCCUGGGGCGGGCGUUGGUGCCCAACGGCAGCGCGCGCGUGUCCUUGGAGGUGAUGCGGCCGCCGCCGCUGCCGCUGGCUGCGGUCGGCCUGGGGGCAGGGGAAAGCAGGCGGGCCUCGGGCGAUGCGGCGCGGCCAACGCCGAGCUUGUCGGGUGCUGCUGGGGCUACUGGUGGGGCUGGGGGCUCGGGCAGGCGCUCGGUGGACGCGCCCCGCCCGCCGGCGCCGCAGCCGCCGCCGCACGGGCGCCCGCCGGGGCAGCGGCUGCAGCACGGCAGCGCGCGGCCCUCCGGGGAAGCGGACCUCGCCGCGCCAAGCCCCAGCGUGGACAGCGCCAGUGCCGCUGCCACGCCGGCGCCGGCGGCACCGGUGGUGGCAGUAGCCACCGCUGCAGCCGCGCAGGACCGGCACCACCAGAGCGACACAGCGCACAGGGAGCCGGCCGUGGGCGGCGCCUGCGCGCGGUCAGAGCCGUCGCUGCCGGCCUCCGGCCCGCCCUCGAAAAAGGUGCUCGGGACAGGCGCGCAGGAGCAUGAGCAGCCACUGGCAGCGGUCGACAGCGCGUGCGGGAGCGGCAGCGGUGGCAGUGCGGCGGUGUCGCGUCGGGAAUCGCACAGCUCUAUGCUGUCGGGACCCGAAGCCAGCCUAGGUGUGUACCUCAAUCCGUCGGCGGGGACGCUGGCGGCGGCGGCAGGUGCGGCGGCGGGCGGCGGGGCCCCGGGGCCGGCAAAGCGCGCGUCGCGCAUCCCCGCCACAGCGGUGGUGGCGGAGGAGGAGGGCGAGGAAGACGAGGAGGCGGAUGGCCCGCGCACCUUCGCGCAGCGGCGCAGCGGCGCGGCAGCGGCACAGGCGGAUGCGGAGGCAUCGUCGGCGCUGCAUCGCGGCCCGGGGCCGGUGGCGGAGGGCGUGGGCGCGCACGAGUCGUUGCCUUCCGUGGAGUCCCCGCGUGGCUCCAGGCCGCCGGGUACGGUGGUGGCGGCACCGGGGUCGCGCUCGCCGCGCGCUAGCGCGCCCGCGUCGCCGCGGCGGUCGGAGCCGGGCCAGCCGCCGCGGCCGUCCGACACGGGCUCAGCAGCUGGCUUCGUGCCGCACCCGCUGCACCCCAACCCCAACUACCGCCCCUCGCUGCCCAGUCCGCGCGUCUCCGCGGCUGGCGUCGCCGCCGCACCCGGCGGCAGCUCGAAUGAGCACGCACACGCCCACACGCACCAAUCGCACCAAGGCUCACACCAGCACCAGAGCCACGACGGCAGCCACCACGCGCACCACCACGAACACCAUGCUAGUCACCAGCACGGCAGCCACGAGCACCCCGGCAGCCGCACCGACUCGCGCGACCCUCGCCAGCACUCGCACUCGCACGGCGGCAACCCGCCCGACUCCCGCCAGCACUCCCACCAGCCGCACGGCCACGGCCCCCACGCCCGCAGCAACCAGGUGCUGCCGCUGCCGCUGCCGCUGGGCGGCCACUACCCGCCCGGCUCCAAGCCGCCGGUGCUGCGUGGCAGCAUGGGCGGCAACAACGGCUCCUUCGUGCGGCCCUUCGGCGGCAUGGGCGUGGGCGUGGGCGGGAGCAUGCUGGGCGGGAGUAUGCUGGGCGGCAGCAUGAUUGGCGGCAGCAUGCUUGGAGGAGACCCGCAGAUGAUGUUGGGCGGCAACCUGGGCAUGGCCGCUGCCAUGAUGGACCCCGCCGAGUUCGACGACUUCGUGGCCGGCGAGCCGCCGCUGCGGCGCCUGCACCUGCGCGCCAUGUUCCGCGCGCGGCUGCUGGUGAGCAGCCAGAGCUUCUCCUACCUCAUGCUGGCGGUGAUCGUGGCCAACACGGUGGUGCUGGCUAUGGAGUACGACGGCAUGACCGCCAGCUACGAGCAAGGCCUGCGAAUCUGUAACUACGUCUUCACGGCGGUGUUCACUCUGGAGAUGGUGAUCAAGCUGUUCGGCAUGGGCGUAUGGGACUACCUCAGGGACACGUUCAACCUGUUUGACGGCGCGGUGGUGACGGUGUCGUGGCUGGAGAUCAUCCUCACAGCCGUGGGCUCCGGCGAGUCGCUCAACGCGAUGGCGGCCCUGCGCGCCUUCCGCGCGCUCCGCCUGCUCAAGGCCUUCCGCUACCUUGGGCCGCUGCGGAAGAUCGCGUCCAUGCUACUCACGGCCUUCAACAGCUUCGCGGCCAUUGCGGUGCUCAUCGGGCUGUUCUGGAUCGUGUUCGCCAUCGUGGGCAUGCACGUGUUCGGCGGGCUGGCACUGGAUCGAGACGCCUACCCCAACUUCGACACGUUCCUGAACUCGCUCGUCGCCACCUUCAACACGCUGACGCUGGAGAACUACCAGAACACCAUGUACGGCGUGGUGCGCGCCUCCAACUGGGGCAGCUCCGUGUUCUUCGUGGCGUGGAUCGUGGUGGGCAAGUACAUCCUGCUCACGCUGUUCCUGGCCGUCACGCUGGAGGCCUUCGAGGCCAAGUACGACACGCAGGGCGCCAACAGCAGCUGGGUGAGCAAGAUGCGCUCGGCGAUGGGCUCGGCGGUGGGCUCGGUGGUGAGCAGCGUUAAGCGCUCCAUAGGCAGCCGCCGCAGCAGCGUGGACGGCGGCAGCGGCACUCAGACGCCCACGCAUCAGCAGGGCCGCGGCCGCACCUCCGGCUACGGCGGCCAGUCGUCUUGGAUAUCGCCGCAGCUGACGGCGCAGGACACGGCAGCGCUGUCCGCACGCAGCGAGGCGGGUGCGGGGGCGGUGGCGCUGGCGGCGCUGCCGGCACCUGAUAUGGUGGCUGGCGGCGCGGGCAAGGGAGAUGAGGGAGGCAACGUGGCGGCGGCGACGUUUGACCCCCGCGUGGCGGCGGCGGCGUGCUCGCCGUAUGGCAAGGCAGCCUGAAGGCGUACACGCUCGACUUCCACGGCCGCAUCCGCGCCAGCAGCGUGAAGAACUUCCAGCUGGUGCACUGGGACCACAACACGGACCGCAAGGGCUCUGACCUGGUGCUGCAGUUUGGAAAGAUUGACGAGAACACUGACGACUUCGCGCUGGAUUUCACCUACCCGCUCAGCCUGCAGAAGGCGUUCGCCAUCGCGCUCGCAAGCACCGACACAAAGCUGUGCUACGCGUUGUAAGCAGCUGGCAGUUUGCACGAUUGCGCCGCGAUGCGCAGCGGUCUCGGUGUGAAGCGCGGGAGCGUGUGUGGGUGGGACGCGUGAUGAUGCGGUGCGGCGCGAUGUUCAUGCACGAGUGGAAUGCACAUGGGUGCGUUGGGUGUGCAGCCCAAAACCCGAAUUGAUAAAUGCUGUUGAUUUGUGGCGUGCGCGCGCACGCAUGGGUGCGCAAGCACGACUUGUCGAGGUGACGUCCCAUGAUCCCAUUGUGUUUGGUUUGUGUAGUACAUAUUCGCAGGUUGCGCGCAGGUGUGUGUGUGCCUGCAGGGCGGUCUGCGAGGCUGGGGUGUGAAAGGCAUUGUUUCAUUCUGACCAUGGAAGCUUCAUGGUCCUGAUCCGCCGCUUGACGCUGCCGCAUGCAUGGCAGGAUAUUUACGUGAGCCACCUAUGGCAAUUACACGCAGAUAAAGACUCUAUCAACUGCGUUCUGCUGCGCUGCUGGAUGGUUGCCGGUGGCAUGUACAGGUUCGGUGGUAUCAUGGAUAGCGGUGCGGGGUAACGGCCCGAUGGUUGGGACUGACGCGUGAGCUGACUACAGGACCAAACCGUAGUAUUGAUGCAUCUUGACGGAUUAACGCUGAUUGCGGCAGGGCCUGACGGGGCUGGCAGGCUGGGGGCUCACACUGGAACUGAAAGCAAACACUUUCAAAGCUUGGACGAGGUAUGACGACGAUGCUGCUGGUCGUCGGGAUGCCGUGCUGACUGGCUGAAAUUUGGAGGAGACUGCUGUGAACCCGUGUGAUGUUACUGGGACACUGUUGCAUGGAUGGGGCGUGCCAAUCGCCCAAACGUAGUGAGCAAAGAUGCUGCCUCCAACCACGAGGCCAACCUGGCGAAGCCGUACUGUAACAAUUACGGAUU